AGCAGCUCAACCUGAGUGUUCUUUUAUUCUGAAGAUGGUUCCACUCUGGAUAAUUGCUAUAACUCUAUACAUGAUGUGUCCUGCCCGAUCGGUGGAUUUUUUCCGUCCUUCGUUCCUCUCAGUGAGGUUCGGAGAAUGUAUUAGCCUUAUCUGUCCAUUCGGACACAAUCAGAGGACUGAAAGCGUGAUUUGGUACAAACAAAGUGUCGGAGAGAUGCCUCGAAAAAUCGGAGAAAGAAUAGUAUAUAAGGAGGUCAAAUUUUCCCCAGAGUUCAAGAAUUCAGGCUUUAUUAUGGAGAUGACUGAUAAGGGCAUUUCUCUGACAAUUCCAAAUAUAAAACAGGAUCAUGAAGGACUUUACUACUGUGGGAAAUUAUUUACAUUGGAGAACGUUACGCUGUCUAAUGGAACGUUCUUGGCUGUGUCAGAUGACAGAGAUGUAAAAGUGAGUGUGUGGCAGCACGGCGUGUCGGACUCGGUUCCUGCAGGAGCCUCAGUGACUCUGCAGUGCUCGGUUCUCUCUGAGAGCAGAGCAGCAGAACUCCAAGUGCUCUGGUUCAGAGCUGCUCCACCACAAUCCCAUCCUCAAAUCAUUUACACUCAUCACAACAGCAGCCAUCAGUGUGAGAGCGACUCUUCUACACACACCUGUGUGUACAACUUCUCCAAGAACAUCCUCAGCCUCAAUGAUACUGGAACUUACUACUGCGCUGUGCUCUUGUGUGGGAAGAUCAUCUUCGGGAACGGGACAUCGGUACAAAUGGAACAAUCUACAGAUCCUGUAGUGAUCUACCUCGCUGUAGCUUUGGGAGUGUGUGUGCUUGUGAUCGUUGUUCAUAUCGCAACCUGUAAAGAAAGAAACUGUGAAUGUUUCACUGAGAAAUCUCAAGAAUGUAAAGUAACGAAAACAGAAAAUAAGAGCCGUGAUGCUGGGGAGCUGAAUUAUGUUGCCUCACUGAUUAAUAAAAAGACAGGAAAGACAGAAAGAGCUCACGAUAACAUUUAUACUGAAGUGAUUUACUCUUCUGUGUCUUAGAAAAUAGAUGUCAUUUAUUUUCUCAUGUUAAUUACUCUCAUAUGUAUAGUCUUCAUUUCCUGAUAAAAAAUCAUUAACAUGUCAUAAACAAACAAACAAACAAACAAACAAACAAACAAAUAAAUAAAUGUGUAGUGUUUGUAGUGACAGUCUCAGAGUAUUCCAAGAGUAAAAACUUAUUUUUUUUGCAUUCUUUUUUACAUUUCUUCUCUUUUUUCUUUCUUAUCUACAGUUAUCAAGUAUCAGAUGAGAGAGAGAAAAAAAAGAUAAUAUUAGCCAUUAAGUAUAAAGUACGCUUUUAAUAAUAUUUCAAUUCAGUUUAGUUCAUAAUAAGUUCACAUAAGUGCUUAAAUCUCUAACAUUGAAUACAUUAAUGCUGCUUCACUAGGUU